AUGAGACACCAAUUGGCUUUUGUUAGCCUCGUCAUUGGGCUCGGGCUGGUGGACGCCCAAUCAGCUUGUAUUCCUCUGACUAGCAACUUCCCCUCUUGUGCUUUUACCUGCAUUCUGUCUGCAGGUUCGGAGAUUGGAUGCACGAAAUCGGACGACGUUGCCUGUCGUUGCACUCCGGCUUCUUCAUCUGCCAUCAUUAGCAAGGCUCUACCAUGCGUGCUUGGAGGCUGUGCCGCCAGUGACAUCAACAAGGCUCUUGCUGCAGGUUCCACUAUCUGCCAGUGUGUUGCAACAGCAACUCCUGACCCUACCUCGAGCAGCCUGUCGCCCGAGAGCAGCAGUGCAGAGCCAAGCCAGACAUCGGGGAGUGUCUCUACAACAUCAGCUCCAGGUUCCUCCUCGGGACCUCCACCGGGCAGCACGUCUGAGCCAAGCCCAGGAAGCAGCUCGUCUGAGAAGCCUCCAGAGAGUACUUCAUCUAAAGACCAUCCAUCAGAUACAUCCACCAUCACCUCAUCCUCCUCCCAGCCCUGUGUCACAGUUUCGCCUUGCCAAAAGAGCGCUGACGCUGUGCCUGAUUGUGGAGAGGACUGUAUAUUCUCUGCUGCCGUCACUCACGCCAAGUGCGCCACCGAGGACUUCCAAUGCCAGUGUACAUCAUCUGCUGUGAUCCAGAGUGCCGCUCAGGAUUGUGUCAUCCAAGGAUGCGGCAUUCCUGGUGCUUUGGAGCUUCUAAGCUCUGUUAGUGCACUCUGCGAUUGCGUCAAAGAGAGCCCAACAGUCCCUUGCCCACCGGAAUCGACAAAGACACGUCCUGGUACACCCUCUGGUACCCCUUCUGGCACGCCCUCUGGCACGCCUUCCGGAACUCCAUCUGGCACGAGCACUUCCAAGGGACCCGGUAGCAGUGGCACGGAUACUAGCAAGACUAAGACGCCCGAAUCAACUCCCUCAGGAUCAAAGACUGGCCAUCAUCCUUCCUGUACCAAAGGUGGAAACUGUGCUUCACAAACAGGAGGUGAAGAUCAUCCCACUUGCACCAAAGGCUGCCCUACAAGCUCGGGUGGAGGAUCUUCUAACCCUUCACACACUGGCGGCGGUGGUGGCGGCGGUGGGAGCCAGAGCGGUUCUUCCAAGCCGUCGUCGACAGGCAAUGGAGGUGGUGGAAGCGAGCAGACAUCAUCCACAACCGUUCCAAUAUCUCCAGCGACCACCCGGCAAGUCAAUAUUCUUGCAGGCCUUGCAGCCUUCAUAUGGGUAGCGCUAGUGGUCACUUUCUAA